AUGAUACGCCGCAGUAGCAGAACUUCGCUGCCACCAUCGACUCCCAACAGCAGCGCGGUAAGGUUGUGCGUGGUGGCGUUGUGUGUGUUCGCCAGUUUACCGUGCACCCUGGCCACCUACGUACGUUUGGGGCAAAGUACAGACGUUCGUCUGCCGACACCGCAAGCAACAAGUUGCACUGAUCUAUUUACGAUCGACCAUGAGGAUGCCUAUCGGAAGCAGUACGAGGGGACGCUUGUAUUGCGCCCGAAUGUAACGAUCCGGUACGUCCAGCUGGUGGUGCAGUUUGAUCGUGAGGUAGAACAACUUACGAACUACUUCGGAAGAGUCAGCACCAUCGAUCACCAGAGCUUUCACAUUGCAAACCUGACGUACCCGCUGCGUGCCGGAACCGUCGUUAAGAUUCCACUGGAGGUGUCCUAUACAUCCGUCACACCACCAGCUAUCGUUCGGAUUGAGGUUAACGGUGUUACGAUCUGUCCGGUAAACACUGUAAGACCACUGGUAAGGAACUUCCGUGAACCAUGGGCGGUAUCUUCAGUGCAGGGUUCAACGAGUACCAGCCAACCGGAAGUGCACUCCCGGAAUGGAACUACGGCACCGGCACAUCAGUUCAACUCGUCCUGCCAAGCUAUACGUGCCGGUGUGAUCGUGUCUUCGGGACGCUGGGAUGCGAUUAUACAGCUUGUGGCAGAAAACACGGUCGAUCGAGCUUUGAUAGAGAUAGUGUUUGAUCAACCGGUGUACAUGUUGGGGAACCCAUUCGGUGAGGUGACGACCGGCGAUAGUGUGCGGUUCAAGAUCGAAAAUCGUACCUUCAUCCUGGCGAAGGAUGCGGAAAUAGAGUUAAACUUCUUCAUUCGCUACAACCAGUUGGGUCCGAUACCGGACGUUGUUGAGGUGAACUUCAACGGUCACAACCACUGUCAGCAGCGAAGACGUCGCGUGUUGAACGAAACACCGGACAAUAAUUACCGGAGGACAACAACCACCGCCACUACUGAGCGCACCGUGCAAUGGGGAAAUGUUCACCAACAAGACGUGGGGGACACGUACGAUGAUGCAGGUUGGCCACUGGAGCAAACUGAAUGUGCUACAGUGCUGGAACCGCUCGGUACUCGCAUACGAUCGCGAAUCAUUGGUGGAGUGACUUCGAACCAGGGUGAACAUCCCUGGCACGUGGCGAUCUAUCUAGACGAGGAAUAUCAGUGCGGUGGAAGUAUCAUCGGAAGACGGUGGAUCCUAACGGCCGCUCACUGUUUGACGCGUCAGAACACUAACGAAACGCUCGAGGUGGACCUGUUUCGUGUGUACACCGGUAUCAUCGACAUCAGCACGAUUGAUGAUCACUUCUACCGUACCACCGACGAGGUCAUCAUUCACCGGGAUUAUAAUCCGGUGAUGUACACCACAGAUAUAGGAUUGCUCCGUCUCAAGCGUAACAUCACGUACAACAGCUUCAUAAAGCCGGUGUGUCUGUACAACCGGACGGUAGACAUUAGUACGUUCUAUGGACGCGAAGGGAAAGUUACCGGCUGGGGCUUUAACCGGAACGGAGUGAUCAGCAACGUGCUGAACUAUCUGGAAGUUCCGGUCGUCUCGCAGAAGAUGUGCUCCCAGCGUAACGUGCAGUUCAAUGGUGUGCUAGCAGUGGGAGAAUCAUUCUGCGCUGGACACGCGGAUGGUAAUUCCGUGUGCAAUGGUGACAGUGGGGGUGGAUUGGUAUUUGCCGAGGGUACACACUAUCACGUGCGCGGCAUCGUUUCCAUCAGCGCACAGCGUCGGAACUUGCUCCUAUGCGAUCCAAACCAAUAUUCCGUGUUUACCGACGUGUCCAAGUUUCUAAACUGGAUACGUCAACAGGUGUCGUAG